GGCCGGGCCCGGCGCAGGCUGCAGCGAUGGCGGAGCGGGGCGGGCGGAGCGGGGCUGGUCCCCUGCCGAGCCGCGAGCCGCCCGCAGGCGGACAGACCCAGGAGCUCUCCAAGGAGGAGAAGCUGCAGUUGCGGAAGGAGAAGAAGCAGCAGAAGAAGAAGCGGCGAGAUGAGAAGGGGCCGCCAGCUGAGUCCUCCAUCCCUGGGCACCCGCAGGCCCCGCCGCCAGGGGCUGAGCCCCCUGUGCCAGCCGCAGUGCCCAGCGAGGGCCUGGCCGGCACCGAGAAGCUGGUGGGGGGGAAGAGCAAGGCGGAGCUGCGAGCAGAGCGCCGGGCCAAGCAGGAGGCCGACCGCGCCCUGAAACAAACCAAGAAAGUGGAGUCGACCCCGGCAGCUGCGCCGGCCAAGCCCAGGCUGCCGCCCAGCGAGCCCCAGUCCAUGGUGAAGCGGGUGCCGGAGCACGUGCAGGUGGACGACCCAGCAGCACAGAGGAGACUGGCAAAGAAGCUGGAACGGCAGCAGGUUCCUCUGAGGCCAGACUAUGGCGCCAAAGUCAGCCUCUUCUCCCACUUGCACCAGUACAGCCGGAAGGUGCCGCUGACCCAGCAGAUGAGCAUCCCUGCCACGGCGAUCCAUCCGGCCGUGGUGCGGCUCGGCCUGCAGUACUCCCAGGGACUGCUGAACGGCUCCAAUGCACGCUGCCUCGCCCUGCUGCAAGUCUUCAGACAGGUGAUCCGGGAUUACUCAACGCCGCCCAACGAGGAGCUCUCGCGAGACCUGGUGGCCAGGCUGAAGCCCUACAUCAGUUUCCUGAACCAGUGCCGGCCCCUCUCCGCCAGCAUGGGCAACGCCAUUAAGUACCUCAAGAAGGAGAUCUCGGGCCUGUCCAGCAGCCUGAGAGAGGAGGAGGCGAAGGGGAAACUGCAGGGCAGCAUCGACGGAUACGUGAGGGAGAAGAUCCAGCUGGCAGCCGAAGCUAUCUCCAAAUAUGCCUUCGAGAAGAUCAGUGACGGUGAUGUCAUCCUGGUGUAUGGAUGCUCCUCCUUAGUGAACCGCACACUGUGUGACGCCCAUGACAACGGUCGUGCCUUCCGGGUGAUCGUGGUGGACAGUCGGCCGCGGCUGGAGGGCCGGGACACACUACGCAGGCUGGUGCGCGAGGGCAUCCGCUGCACCUACGUCAUGAUCACCGCCAUCUCCUACGUUCUGCCCGAGGUCUCCAAGGUGCUGCUGGGGGCUCAUGCACUGCUGGCCAAUGGCUCCGUCAUGUCCCGGGUGGGGACGUCCCAGAUCGCGCUGGUGUCCAAGGCCUACAACGUGCCUGUGCUGGUGUGCUGCGAGACCUACAAGUUCUGUGAGCGGGUGCAGACGGACUCCUUUGUCUCCAAUGAGCUGGAUGACCCCGAUGACCUGAUCGUGCCCGGGAAGGGAGGAGCCCAGCUGCGUGGCUGGAAGGAGAACUCGUCCCUGCGCCUUCUCAAUCUGGUCUAUGACGUGACCCCCCCCGAGCUGGUGGACCUGGUGAUCACGGACUUGGGCAUGAUCCCGUGCACCUCGGUGCCUGUCGUCCUGCGUGUCAAGAACGUGGAGCAGUAGUGGGCGGGAUGGGGGCUGCACGGACCCUCAAUAAACCCUGCUGAUCUCA